AUGCCGGCCUCGACCUCGACAUCCGCCGCCACGGCAUCCGCCACCACGGCGGCCCCCUCCAACCCUCGUCCUGGCGUCCUCACCUCCUCCAUCCUCUUCAUCCUGCCAGUAACACCGGUGGUGGAGUCGGGGGCGGAGUUGGACGUGCCAGCUGCCGGAUUCGAGUUGUCCCUCGUGCGCCGGUCUCCCGCCCAGCAGGAUGUGACCGGCACUUCGGGAGGCUUUGGUUCCAGCGCCAUCAACAUCACGCACCAGUACUCCAUGAGCAUCUACCGCAUCUCGGCGUCCGGACGCCGGCGGGUCUUCUUCCGCACCCCACUCGGAUCCAUCCGCUCGGUGGAGGACCUCAGCCGGACUCUUGCCCUGUCCUCGGCCGGGACGAUCGUCACCCGCCGGGCAGCUGCAACCGAUUCGCCUCCCGGCGCCAUGGCCCCUGCCGGGGUUGCCCCCCCAUCCUCGCAAGAUGACCGUGCUGAGCCCCCCGAAUUCAAGAUCACAUUCCGCACGCCAGAUGACGUCGAGUCUACGGUGCACUUCCUGUGCGACACCGAGCUCAUCCCUUUCCGACCCUCGGACGCACUUCUCCUGGACUACCAACCCAAAUCGCCAUACGACAUCCGUGGCGAGUUUUCUUCCUUCGUUGGUUACCUCUGCCAGCUGUGCAAGGACCUCUUCGACAACCGGAUCUCCGUUCUCUCCGGUGGGGCGGUCCUCCGGUCGGACGCCGUUGAUCCCGAUGGUGAUCAGGAGGCCGCCAGUGCUCCCGACGCGCCGACCGACGCGGCCCCCAAGGACCCACGGAGCAUCGUCAACUCGGCCCUCAACAACAUGGACAGUGGUCCUCUAUUCAGCUUCUCCUCGUGGAGCCCCCUCGACAUCCUCUCCUUCGAGCAUCAGCUUCUGAAUGAACUUGAGGCCCUUGAGACUGCCAGCAUCCACACACUUGUGCAGAACCGCCACCAAAUCCAACAGUCCCUCUCAUUGAUCGACAUGUCUCUGUCGCACGCCUCCACCCUGGAGGGAUGGAUCUCCUCGCUGUCAGCGCCGCUGGAAAAGCUCUCGUCCGAUCUGGCGGUCAUCGAGGAGCGCAAUCGCAAGCUCAGCAUCCGAAAUAUGAAUGAAAAUCGCCUGCGAUCGGUGCUCACGAUGUUAAAGGACAAUCUUACAAUCGACCCGAUGGUCCUUCGGGCACUCGAGUCCACUUCGUUUGAUGACCCGGCCAACAUUCCGACACUCGUCCAAGCUUCGGCCAUCCUGAAUCAGGCCCUUUUGGUGGACUACUCAGAUGGUAUGUUCCCGGGUCUCUCCGGUCCAUGCACUGGAUUCCACCUGAUGGCCCUCCACCCUGGCCUAUUCCGCUUCCUCGAGAUCGUCUACCAGUACUGCCUCGGUGAGCGUGGUUUCUACGCCAUCUUCUUCAAGCCCAAGCGUCGGGUGCCGGCGGAGAAACUCAACCCGCUGACCAUGUUCGCCGAACUCUCGGAGAAGGAGAAAAAGUUCCUGGACAUGUCGUUCGACAAUCUGAACGACUCACUACACUCUCUGGCCAAGAAUGCCCUCCGGGCCGACCCCACCAUCAGCGUCUCCUUCAUGGUGGCAUGCGAGGUCCUUUGCAAGUACCGCCUUGUGAAUGAGCCCUUCCUUCGGGGGAUGAUCGAGCGCUUCAGCACCGACAUCAUCUUGCGCGAGUACACCGACAUGAUCGGCGCCUCGCUUCAGUCCAUCGCUCCGGUAUGCGGGAUUACUGUGCGCAAGCGCGGCAUGCUCGAAUCCUUCCAAGUGUUCCCGAACAUGAUCCGCCGGAUUGAGGCCUGCUUCGAGGUGGACCUCUCCUAUUCGCAGCUCGUGUCACCGGAACUUACCACCGAGGUGGAGACGGAUUGCGCCCUGCGCGCGGCCAAGGCGCGGGCUCUCCUGGAUACGGACUAUGCACGCAUGGCUCGGCGGCUGCUCUCCUCCCUGCCGUUGUUCCUGUCCGAGCCGGAGCCCCCACCCGGGGUGCUUCACAAUGUGGCGGCUGCCAACCAGCUGCUUGUCUCGCUCGGGGAGAAGGGCCAGCGCGACGCGGCGGUUCUGAUUGCGGAAAACUGCUACCACUUUGCGCACGAAUUCAACACCCUGAAGAUUCGCUGCCUGGCGCCGUAUACGGCGGCCGCCAACAAACUGUACAAGGCGUAUCUGGACUUCUACGCGGUGUACUGCGUCACUCGGGCCCUCGGGCGUUUGGGCGAAUUCAUGUCCGGCGUGCGAGGCUUGCUGGACUCCGGCCGCAAGCCGGAGGAGGUGGGCUUUGUGGUGACGUACAGCCGUAAUGCCCUGGUUCGCGCGGCUGGCGUGAACGCCCUGUCCGAUCUCCGCAAGGCCCUCCGGCACACGUACCAGUCGCUGCGGAGGCACUUCUCCAAGUCUGCCGAGGGCCAGCUCAAUGCUGCCAGCCACCAUAUCGAGAUGGAGCUCAUCUCUCGCAUCACCCAAUACGAGCAGUGGUGCCGAAGCUGCUACGGCGGGGCCACCCUCGAGUCGCUGGUCGGCUUGUCGGUUGGGAAGGUCAGCGAUCUGAUCAAGGAGAUCGGAGUGUCUGGCUUCUAA